AUAACAUGGAGAGCGCAACAGAAAUAUUGAGGAAACGGAUGAAGGAGUUGGUGUUACAGCAAAUGGAGGAAGAUGAAGCGAUUGUGAAGAGUAAUACGGGGGUUAAUAGUCAAUAUCAGCAGAAAGACCAAUCGAAAUUUCUUAAAAAGAAAUAAGAAGAAAUUAGCCAAGAGAAAUAAUGUGCCAAUGCCGAUCAGUAUAAAUGUGCAUGCAGAAGAACCUAAAAAGGGAAAUAAAUUAUCGAGUUUCUUAAAUCCAGACAUCGAUGUUAAAUCAAGCGAGCAAUUAGCUUCCAGCACCGAAAAUAAUGAGGAUCAAAAAGUAAAGAUUGUGAAUGGUUAUAUAACUGAGAAUCAACAAAUAGAUGAGAAACUCCUCAAUGAGGAGCAUGCAACAGAUGCGCCAAUCAACAUUGCAAAUACAGAUCAAGAAGUCGACCAAUUCACAUUUGGCGAGAGCCAAGAAGAAGAUGUAGAAAACUUAUAUAAAAUGUAUUCUACAACAGGAGAACCGAGACAAGACUCAGUUGAAAGAGAGCUUGGAGCAGAGCUGAAUGCCGAAUUAGAAGAAGAGACAAGAAAGCUGAGUAGAUCUCGGAAGAACUUCAAUCGAACGACCCAUAUGAUCACAAAGGCUAAAAAGAAACUAUAUAAGGCUAAAUAGAAGAGUUAAGUUAGAUGAUGACAUAAACUGUACCUUCCAACCAGAGAUAAACAAGAUCAGCUACGCAGUAACUGCUAGAGAUGAACGAGACUCGAAGCCUCAUUGGGACAGACUCAUUGAGCAUAAUACUAAAGUCAAAAGGAUGCAUGAUCAAAGGUUCUUAAACAACAAAAUUAAAAAGUACAAGAAUGAGACCAAAGGGUGUACUUUUACCCCUAGAAUCAACUAUUCAAGAGACGAAGAUUUCGAAGCUCCUGAAGAGCAGCUAAUCACCUCAACUAUUUACGACAGACAGAGCUUAUGGAAGCUUAAGAAGGAUAUGAAAGUAGACGAAGAACGUACAAAAAGGAAGAGAAAAGAAACAGAAAACUGAACUUUUAAGCCAAAAAUUAACCACAUCAGGAAGCGCAAUGGCUACGCUAUAGAUACAGUUCUCUCCAAGACUGGUGUAGAAGAGCAUAUUGCUAGGCAAUAUGGUGCUCUAGAAGAGAGAUUGGAGAAACAGAGAUUACUUGAGCUAGGAACGACAAUUCCUGGUUAUAGAAGGCCAAAAAGAAAAAUAUAUUAG